AUGCGGCCAAAUCUUGUCUCCCUUGACCUGAGCUUCAACGGCUUCACAGAUCUGCUGGAACUUGUCUCCCAGCUGUCCAGUCUGCAGAAGCUGCGUAUCCUGGUGCUCCAAGGGAACCCACUGGCUCUUGUUCCCACUUACAGAGGCUUCCUCGUGGACAGCCUGCCCAAGCUCUGCGUCCUUGAUGACAUUCACAUAGAACCAGAUGAGAGGCAUCGGUUCCAAGGUUUGGCAAAGCAGCCAGAGCUGAUCAGAAGUGAAGCACAGCUGGUUGUGAGCAUUGGGGAAAUCAAGGGAGUCCCUGAUCUGAGCACUCAUCAACUGCUGGAGGUUGACUCUGAGGCUCCAGUGAUCACCUACAGCUACUGCGUGAGCUAUGAAUUUUUGGAGGGAGAGGAGACUGGGCACAGCAGCAGCACUGAGGAAACAAAAAUCCAUCAGCAUCCUGUGGUGAUCACCCUGGAUAUGGAGAGCUCUGCUCAGGACACCAGAAAAACAAUAAGCCAGCAGCAGCCUACAGCCAAAGAGGAGCCCAAGGUCCCCUCUGCUAAGGUGUUUGUCACCCCCGGAAAGCCCUGGGCAGACACCAUUGACUGCAGCUACAGGAAGGAGCACACCGUCAAAGACUUAGUGGGGCUGAAGUCCUUCCUGGAGGCUGGAACGAUUAUCUCAGUUGUGGAGGAGAAGGUGCUCUCAUGGCCUGUCAGCGCUGAUCCAGAAGAAAAUACAGUCACGAAGGGGAAGGCAGGACAGGGGCUGCAGAAGGGCAGUGCCAAGGGUCCUGUGCCCAGGGACAAGCAGAAAAAGAAGAAGGAGAAGCCAUGUGAACUCCACAGCGACCCUCCCAUUCAGAAGACCCUGGGCACUGGGAGGGUGACCCUGGAGGCCCUGCUGUCCACUGAGGAUGUGGUGGCAACUGUGUGUGACUUUGGGAUCCUGAUCACUGAACAGCCAGUGCAGCCACCAAGUCUAGAAGAGAAGGAUGAGAAAAAAGGCAAAAGCAAGAGCAAAAAAACAAAAGCAGAGAGAGAAAUUCAGACCAGCCGGAAAACCACAGCGUCUGCUGAAGGUGAGGGAGACUGGAGCUGGCUGGGCAGAGGAGUGAUUCAUUUUGGCAAGACAGUGACAGAUUUGCUUCUUUCCACAGGAAAAAGAAAAACCAAAGACGCUGCUGAACUGGAGGAGGAUCGAAGUCUCCAGCCAGUGCCGCUGACAGUUCAGUUCCAGAUGCAACUUCUUCGGUGGCCCAUGGCAGUUGGUUCCCAGAGCCAAGAGAGCGUGGGGGAGCCUCAGUAA